GAAACAUCUGGUAACAGUGACGGAUCGGUAAAGUUAUACAUUUGCUACACGUUCGCAACAACAGAAUACACAUGUCAACUGAACGCCUUCACUUGACAGGUGCUACACAGCUACAACUACACUGAUCGCACGCAAAAGAUCUCUGGAAAUUCGAUCAUUCUUGACGUAAAUAUUUUACUUCGAUAAAGACGAAGGUCUGGACAACUGAAUGUAAUACAGAAAGAUCAUUACUAAAAUGCAUGUCCUGCUCCACAUGCCGUGAUGAAAUAACAUUACUACCGAGUGAAGCAAUACAUGAAGUAAUCACCAUAUAAUAGCAAGCAAUUAGCUUUGAACACAGCAUAUAUUAUUGUUGGCUUUGAGAGGGUAAUUGUAUCGUAUUGUCACCUGUUUUGACCCAUGGGUCAGAAUGUUGGACCUGGACAAAGAAAGAUUGUAGAAUACAAGUAACAGAGAUGUGCUUUCUACUAAGGAUCCUUGGCAAGACGAGAAGGGACAGGAUAAAAAAUGGAACAAUACGUAACACACUUCAGAUCAAUCCUAUGAAAGAAACUAUGCAGAGAAACAGGCUGAAAUGAUUUUGGCACAUUAAAAGAAUGGGAAAAGAGACUACAAAGAAGGGCUCUAGAAUGGACAGAAUAUGGAAGAAAACUGAUAGAAGAAGAUGGAGAAACCAAGUGAAGGAUAAGUGGUAGUCCACCACUCCCCCAACUCCUGUAUCACUGUGAGCUCUGAACAUCUUUUAGCAUAGCUAUAAUGUGGUGCAUUUCAUAACACCAGUUGGUCAACAGUGUGUUUUUGCUUAAAGAGAAGACCUUCACAUUUCUUCGUAAAGAGCAGAGCUUCAUGAUUUCCGCUUAAUGCAGAAAAUUUUUACAAAUAAAAGAAAAAGUAAAGUGAACAAUAUUUUCUUUACUUUCCUGUAUAUGGAUGAACAUGGCACUGAUGGUAACAAAGCAUGGCGGGAAUGGUACAGAAAAAAACAUAAACUUGAAACUGAAAAGAGACAGUUAGCAAAAGAACAAAGAGAAAAGGAGAGGAAGAGCAGGGAAGAGGACCAAAUAAAGAAAGAGAAACGAUGCAAAGAAACUUGGAUUGCAUGGUUACAAAAAAAGGAAGCAGCUAAAAAACAAGAAAAAAUUAAAAAGGAGUUGCAGAACUCUUUAUCAGUUGUGAGGCAUUCAAAGGAUCCCUUAGAACAACAAAAGAAAGUAGACACUUGGAUGGAACAAAAGUUAGCAGCCGCUAAGAGAAGUACCCUAUCACAACAUGAGAAAGCAGAACAAGAAAAGAGGCAGCAACAGGAAAUGAUUCUGCACAAGGAAAAAUGUAAAAAUGCCUUUGAAGAAUGGAAGAAGCAGAAAGCUAAUUUCAAGAGACCAGCAUCUUGCAUUACAACAAACAGAGAUAAGUAUGAGUACACAGGUUAUCAGCAUCCACAACCUUGGCAAGACUGAAUGAAAGACCUUCCCCAUCAGCUUUUGUAUGUUUAAAUGCAAUAAAGUACCUGUACUUAAAAAUUUAUGUGUAAAUCAUAAAUUUUCUACAGAGCUAAUUACUACUUCAAAAGUAAUUCGUAUCAUGGCAGUGAGAUCUGGAUUCUUUUGCAAAUAUGAAUUGUCGUGGCAAAGGCUGAUUGGCGUAUACCGAGACGGCGCCUUCGUCAGUGCUUGGAUCUCGGUCACGAUUCAUGCAGAUGGUCAGAGAAAAUCAUCCCGAUGUUACUUCAAUUCACUGUGUUAUACACCGUCAAGCCUUGGCGACUAAAACACUUCCAAAUGAAGUCAACGACGUCUCAAAAUUAAGCAUCAAAAUUGGGAAUCAUAUUAAAAAAGAGUGCUUUAAAUACCCGUCUUUUUACGGCCAUU